GUGAACUGCAGGCUUCCCUUUUUUGUAAACAUAGUGAACACUGGAGGGAUAAAAUGUGUUCAUGAUGUAGACCAAAACUAUAUUUUGGAAAAGGUUUCCGUUGAAAAAUCUCCAAAGUGAUUUUGGUGAAUUCAUAUUCGAGAUGCUGCGACGGCGGGGAGACGGGCGCCCCUCCGCGCGGCUGCUGGCGCUCCUGGUGGUGGCCGUCUCUACGCUGAUCGUGCUCUAUGGCCUGCUGUCGGCGCCGCGGUGCUGCGGCGACACGCGCGCCGACCGCUGGCCCCCUAGCCGCGCGGUGCCCUUCUUCCAGGCCUCAGACCCGGCAAAGAAUCCGUUCCUCGUCUGGAGCGCCGGCUGCAAGAUCCCGAAUGUGGACCCCUUCCACGAGUCCUUGCGGCCUCUGAUGGCUCCGCCCAGGGUCGCCAACUGCUCGGAGUGGGCGCAGCUCACCGCCGUCUCCCCCGCCCCCGGACCCGCCGGCCGGUUCCAGCUGCGCGUCGACCCGGGGGCGGCGGCGCUGUACGCCACCUCCGGGGGGCAGCUGAGCUGCUGCUACUCCACCGCCUCCCGCCCCGCCCCCGUGAAACCCCCCACCCCCACCAGGGACAAGAAGCACGACGGCGGAGCGGACGCGCGCUACGAGUUGACCAACUGCACGUAUUUCAAAGAAGAAACACUCCUGCCGUCGGGAACAGAGUUCAUUCUGGUUCGCUGCUUCACGCGAGUGCUGUCCGUGUUCUCCAAGGAAGUUUACUCCAACAUGCACGCCAUGGUGCCCAUCAAGGCAAGCGUUCUGCGCAAGAUGAAAACGAAGAAGAGGACGAAGGCUCUUCAAGACACCAGUUCCGACUCUUUAAGUGUCCUGUUGCUGGGGAUAGACGCGACUUCACGACUCAACCUGAUCCGCAAGCUACCGUCGACGUUCACCUACCUGAAGAGGAACAGCUGGUUCGAGAUGGCCGGCUACAACAAGGUUGGGCUCAACACCUUCCCCAACAUCUUCCCUCUGCUCACGGGACUCCGCAUCCACUACCCGAAGAACGGAACCUGCUUCCCCUCGGAAGACAGAGUCCUGGACGGGUGCCCGUUCCUCUGGAGGAACUACUCGGAGCGGGGGUUCGUCACGGCGUACGGCGAGGACGCCCCCGACAUCAGCACGUUCAACUUCCUCAAUGUGGGGUUCUCGGAGCAGCCGACAGACUACUACCUGCGCGCCUACAUGCUGGUCCUCUACAGGAAGAUAAUCUCCAGGUUCAGCAACUCGUGGACCUCGUGCUUCGACAUGAUGGAGAUCACGGACCACGUGCUGAGGUACGCGGUGGACUUCGCGGCCACGUUCAGGAAGCGCCCGUUCUUCGGGAUGUUCUGGCUGAACAACUUCAGCCACGACGACCACAACAACAUAGCGGCGUUCGACGCGAAGUUCCUGGAUUUCUUCUCACAUCUCCAAGACGUCGGGGUCAUGAACAAGACCAUGGUCGUGUUCUUCAGCGAUCACGGGAUGCGGUUCGGCAAGAUUGCCGAGCACCCCCUCGGACGGUUGGAAGACAAGCUCCCUUUCCUGUACAUCUGGCUCCCGGAAUGGUUUCGGGACCAGAACGAGCUGGCGGCAAGGAACCUGAGGAUAAACGGCGGCCGGCUGACAUCGCCCUUCGACGUGUACAGGACACUGAAGUACAACCUGGUGCGGUCUGAAAGCACCGACGAAGGGGAUGAGUCUUGGAACAAGCAUUCCUGCAAGACCAGCAUAAACCUGUUCAAAGAAGUGCCUGUUGGUAGGAGUUGUGAAGAUGCUUGCAUACCUCCCGAAUGGUGUUCCUGUGCGUGGUAUCAUGACAUUCCAAAUAACGAUUUAAUUGGCGUGGCGGCUUUGAAAUAUGUGGUAAGCAGGCUUAAAAAUAUAGUAAGCCAUACUCACAAACUAACAAAUCAUACUGCAGCAGUGUGCGCCCAACUUUCGUUGGAAAAAGUGGUUAAAAUAAGCAAGAAGACAGAUGAGAAUAGCGCUGAAGUGGGCGAGUAUUUACUGCAGUUCGAGACAUCUCCCGGGAACGGUGUGUUCGAGGCAAUGGUUAGGCACCAUCGCGAGAAGUCAAAUUUUCAACUGGUAGGGGACAUCAACAGGUUAAGCAGGUACGGUAAUCAGAGUUGGUGCGUCGAUGACUCUGUGCUAAAAAACUACUGUUUUUGUGAGAUGACCUAGCGUCGAAGGGCGGACGAUCGAUGUGUGAUUGGGUAUUAGUUGUGAACACGUCGGUGCUUGCAGCGCUUUAUCGUGCCUACUCUAACGGUCUCAAAAGGUCUGCUAUUUCAUUUUAUGGUCAUCGAAACCAAAUUUCGGAUCUCUGGUGAGCUGCAGUUGUUCAUUCAGUUCCGAAAAAUAGACUACUAUUUUUUUUGUUUUUUCUUUCUUUUUAGUGAAAUGUGACAUACGUUUGCUGGGAACGGAACAACAUUGUGGAUUUGUAAUAAAUAUUUUAAAUAUUAUAUCGUUAUAUUGGUCAUUGAAAAAAAGAUUAGAGAGAAAGGGUGCCAUAACAUUUUAGAAUAAGUUUUUGAGUGAUCAGUUACCGAACUUUGGUCCAACAACCGGAUUAGCUGUAGGCCUACAUGGGACAUUCUAAACCAUUGUUUAUAUGUAGUAGUUCGAGUGAUGUAGGACUGGUUGUGGAUAGAGCCAUGUUUAUUUCGCUUAUUCAUUUAACUCCAGCUCAGUUUCAAAUUGCUUGAAUCCAAUUGUCUCUUUUUAUAAUGCUCGAUUAAAUAUAUAUAUGCACAUAUGUCAUUGUCGGUUUUCGAGAAAUCACAGGUCGGACAAGAAAGAUGAAUAUACCAACACACAGAAAAAUCUAGAAAUAUCAGCAAAUUUUAAAUGUGUUAAUAUGUGUAAACAGCACAAAUAAUUCUGUGGAAGUAAUUUGUCGGGGGGAAAAAAUCACGGCACAGAAGAAAAAUGUGAGAUGACAAUGAAAAGUCAGUUGUAUCAAGAACAGAAAAUUAAAACCAAAUUCUUGGAUAGCAGAAUGACAUAUAGACGAACGAACGACAAAAUCUGACAACAGAACGGCAACAUAGCGACACGCAAACGAACCCAGCGUUGAAAUUAAACAUAAGUACAUAUAUUCAUCUUUAUUGUAAUAUAUUUUUUUUUUAAUUUCUCUGUAACAUACAGUGAAAACCAGCAAUGGCAUAUGUCCAUGAAAAUUUUCUGACUCAAUCUUACCCUUUACAAAAAUCAUUCAAAGAACAUUUUUUUAAUGCUCAUUGGUCUAUAAUGAGGUCACGACCUUAGACAGGUUACUGUGCUUGAUUGGGAAACCACUUGUUAUCCUUGUUUUUAACUGUCUCAAGCUCUUCAAGGGCAAGACAAGUGAACAGUAAAUCAAUCAUCAACAUGAAGCACAUGCAUAUGUGCAUCAAGUCUACUUAGUUACCCAACGAAUCUAUGAAAUAUUGUGGCACUAUUCAUAAGGCAUCUCCAACACAGGUCUUUAUUGUCUAGGAGGGUUGCUGGUGGUGUAGAAUAUAAUUUCCAUUGAGAUAUAUGUAAUACGUAUAUUUUAUCUCAGUGUAUAUGCUUUUAACUGGACAUGUAAAAAAUGGUAACUACGUUGGGAUUGUAAAGGCUGUGAAUAUAUCGAAGAAUGUGAUCUGAACUAACCCAUAUCCAUUUCACAGUGCCUUUUGUGGUGGCAUGUGACUUUGUGGAGAUUAAUGUUCUGAUGAGCCAAUUUUGGCCUUCACGUGUAUUUGUGCAAACUUUUCCACUAUGAGACUGUCUUGUGAGUGUGAACUCGAGUUUUCUGUAGUGUGGUUCCAUGUUUACAAAUUCCUUUUUCUAUGCAUUCUUAAAAGGUUGUUUGUAAUUUUUUACUACUACUGAAAGCUGUAGUUUUUAGCUUCUUUUUUUAUUAUUUUUACGUCCUCAUCGUAGAACACUUUCUUUGCUAUACCGGUAACAAAUAAUAUUUUUAGAACAAAAUAAAAUAUUUUUUUUUUUUUAAAUAUGAACCAUUGAAAUGUUGCAAUUCUGCAAAGUUUUGUUUCUUCAAACAAAAUUAAUCUUUAUGUAACCAGAAAAAGACUGUUACUAUCAUUAAAAUUUGCAACAACUUUUUUAAUGAGGAAUUCAAAAAUGGUUUGAGUUAAGCCAAAGUUUUUUAAGCACAGAAUAUAUCAAUUUUCAAAUUAAAAAUCAUACCGAAAAAUACAUUUGGCUAGCAUUCAUGAUUUAUAUGUUUUCUAUACUAUUGUUGAUUCGUGUUAUAUUUAUUAAUUUAAACAAUAAAAUCACAAAAAGGUUUCUACUCUACUAUAAAGGGCGUACUUUUACAGAGAUUUUUCAACCAUUCUAGAAUGUGAUGACAUUAUUGCUAUUAUAAUGUGCAAAUGGUAAGGACGUAAUCUUGGAGCCAUACAAUAGUUUAAUUAUAUUCUCUUGUUCGAUAGCGAACAGGUAUUUGACUGACAAUGAUUUUGUUCCUACUACAUUUGAGUCAAUCGUUAUUUUACUUGUUUGUAAGAAAAAGUUACAAAUUUCUUGGUUAUUCAGGUAUAUAUUUUGGUACUUUGACUCUUUUAGAUGUGUGUUUUGUAACUGGUUAUGAUUGUAUAAUAUAUUUUUUGUGUGUGUUGGCAGUGCAAAUGCAAAUAAGAA